AUGAAUUGUGUAAGGAUUGUAGAAGAAGAGGUUCCUACAACACCGAUCGACAAUUCAUUUGUGUUAUCUUCUAAUCUUUCUGAUGAUCAAAUUGCCGGUGUUGCUGAUCAAACGACUCAAGCACAACAAAGCGUUACUGGAAUCGUACCCACAUUACAACUUGAUCUUAAAACUAUUGCACUUCAUGCAAGAAAUGCAGAAUACAAUCCAAAGACGACAGCUUUGAUAUUUGCCUCAGGCAAGAUGGUUGUCACAGGUGCCAAAUCAGAAGAUGAUUCUAAACUAGCAAGCAGAAAAUAUGCUCGUAUCAUUCAGAAACUUGGAUUUAAUGCAAAAUUCACUGAUUUUAAAAUUCAAAACAUCGUUGGUUCUUGCGAUGUUAAAUUUCCUAUACGUUUAGAAGGUUUGGCCUAUUCUCACGGACAUUUCAGCAGUUAUGAACCAGAAUUAUUCCCUGGUCUAAUUUAUCGUAUGGUAAAACCAAAGAUUGUCCUUUUGAUCUUUGUAUCAGGAAAAAUUGUAUUAACUGGAGCAAAGGUUCGUGAAGAAAUUUACCAAGCAUUCGAUUCGAUUUAUCCAGUAUUAACGGAAUUCAGAAAACCAUAA